GAUCCCAAUCACGUGACCCCUCCCAGAUGAAGCUUGGCGGAACUGUAGUUUAGUCCUGCAGAUUUUAGUAAUAUAAACAAAGUAGUUGAUCGUUUAGUUUAGUAAGUAAGUCUUAAAUAUUUCCUUUGAUAAAUCUCUCUUAAGAUCGUAGCCAUGGCGCUCAGCGAUGCCGCCGUACAGAAACAGAUCAAACACAUGAUGGCCUUUAUUGAGCAGGAAGCCAAUGAGAAGGCAGAAGAAAUAGAUGCAAAGGCAGAAGAAGAGUUUAAUAUCGAAAAAGGACGACUGGUACAGACUCAGAGGUUGAAGAUAAUGGAGUACUAUGAGAAAAAAGAGAAACAGAUUGAACAGCAGAAGAAAAUUCAGAUGUCAAAUUUGAUGAACCAGGCCAGACUGAAGGUACUCAAAGCGCGUGAUGACAUGAUUAAGGAUCUCCUUAAUGAAGCACAACAACGGCUGGCCAACAUUGCCAAAAACCCAAAUGAGUACCCAGCACUGCUGGAGGGGCUGGUGUUACAGGGAUUUUACCAGCUGUUGGAGCCCAAGGUUAUAGUUCGGUGCAGAAAGGAAGAUGUAGCGAUGGUGCAGGCUGCUGUUAAGAAAAACAUCCCCAUCUACAAAGACACAGUAAAGAGUAAUAUUGAAGUGCGCAUCGACGAAAACAACUUCCUGUCCCCUAACAUCUCAGGAGGUGUUGAGGUCUAUAACGCUGAUGGCAAAAUCAAGGUGUCCAACACACUGGAGAGCAGACUGGACCUUCUAGCGCAGCAGAUGAUGCCUGAGAUCAGAGUGCAACUGUUUGGUGCCAACCAAAACCGCAAGUUUAUGGACUAAUGCUCUGGUACUAAAUGUGCUUUAGUGGUUUUUCGGAGAAUGGUGAAAUUCAAGAGCCCUGAUAAAGUGACAAAAAUGUUUGAUGGGACGUUAUUUUUUUUUUUUUUUAAGGUCAGUUUCUGUUGCAAGUCAGGAAAUUCAACUGAUCAUGUUUCAGUAAUAAUUUGCUUUCUCUUUUUCUUUUGUGUGUUUUUCUUAAAAAAAAAAAAAACAA